AUGGAGGAGGAAUAUGGUCGCUUUUUCUUGUCCAAUUACAGAGGUGCUCCCUUGCACUUCCGUCCUGACGAGCCGCAGGCGCCUGGCAAACGACACGAAGCUUUGGCUUUCCAAUAUGUGGCUGAGACUCCUGCUGAAGCAUCUCAGAUUCGAGAUGAUCUGAGCUCCAAAGAGGAACUUUGUGGCGAGCUUUUCUCGGCGGCGCCCAGAGUAGCUCCCGGCUCAGCAGAGAGCCUGCGCAACCUGGGCCAUCGGGGCAAGGCCGAGAUUUCUUCUUUGAGCUGGGGAAAAGAGGACACCAGUCCCAAGCAGCUUCGUUUCAGCAAUGUCGAGGAGAUUGAACCUGCAUCGCAAGACCCUAGCUUUCCCGAACUGCCCCACGCGGUGGCGGCGGCAGCGGCUGCGACGGUGACACAGGACUUGGCUGACAGCCGAGAAGAGAGGAGGGUGCAGGAUGGCUUUCCAGAGAGGAGCCCACGGCGUCAUGGAGCGCGGCCGAUUGAGGUUGGAAAGCUUCCUGAGACCAUGGAGACAUCACUGCAUUCAGUGAUGGAGAUGGAUGAAGAAGUGGCCCGAAACAUCGACGACUUCUUCUCCCGGGAUGAGGCCUGGAGACAGCUGGCACGUCACUGUGACCUACGAAGUCAGGAGUUGAUGACGAGGAUUCACGAGCUUCCAGUGGUCUCGAAGGCGUCCAAGUUCAAGGUGACUGUGCCGAAACCAUAUCCUGGCGUGCAGUACAGGCGCUCCAAGCACUUGGAGGAGAGAUAUUCCCGAUUUGCGGAAAAUGGCGCCAUCGUAGUUGGACAGUUGGAAGCGGAUUCGGCGACCGGCGAGUGGCUCCGGAUCAGCGGAAACAUCUUCUUGCCGGUGCGCGUGGGACAGAUUCACAUCUUGGACGAGGUGAUUGAUCCUCCGGUCUCCACCAACAUGAAGUUUGGGCCCGAUCAAACUGGAGGCCACCGCGAGGCGGCUGAAGCUUGGUGGACGUGCUGCCCAUCCAACGCAGAAGCUGACUGUGGGAAAGCCUUGGAGCAAGCGGCGCAACCCAUGCGGCCGGAACAACAUCCUCGAUAA